GGAGCCAGGUUGCGGGCCGAGGGCCCCUAAGCCCGCAGCACGCCCGGACGAGUUCUCCUAGGCCUGACCCCAGCUUUCAGCUUUCCAUCUGUGAGCUCCACCUCUCGCCCUGGCCAACUCUGUUCCUCUUCUGCUGGCCGCUUCCCUUCCUCAAGCCCGGCGCUUUUCCUGCCUCUUCAUCCCACAGUCGUCGGGUCCCCAACUGCUGCUGCACGGGUACGGGCCUGUGUCCAACCUCCCCCGCAGCGCCUCUUGGGUCUCGGCUGCCGGACGUUUCAAAUUUCUCUAGACAUCACUUAGGAUCAGAUAAACUUUAUCCGAUGGAGGGUGAGAGUGCUUACCCCACACCUUGAAUGUUGGCCCUUCUCACCUACCCCUUUGAGGUCGUGGGCAACCCAGAGUCACCUUGGCUCUGGAGCGACUUUGUCUUUCCCAAGUCAUCUUGGUUUUGUGCAAGGCUGUGCAUCCUCCUGCUUUUUAACGUUCCUCGACUUCCCUGAUAAAGAAGAAGCCUUUUGCGGCGGGGUGGAGACAUCAUGUCACAGGAAGAGUAAGCUCCUGCCCAUUUUACCAUGGAAGACUUGGGAAAGACUUUUGGAUCAGAGGAGGAAGAAACAAACUAUUGGAGAGACCUGGCCAUGACCUACAAGCAGAGGGCAGAGAGUACACAGGAGGAACUCCGAGAAUUUCAGGAAGGAAGCCGGGAAUACGAAGCUGAAUUGGAGACUCAGCUGCAGCAGAUUGAAACCAGGAACCGGGACCUCCUGUCAGAGAAUAACCGCCUUCGAAUGGAGUUAGAGACCAUGAAGGAGAAGUUUAAAAUGCAGCAUUCAGAAGGCUACCGGCAGAUCUCGGCCUUGGAGGAUGACCUGGCUCAGACAAAAGCCAUUAAAGAUCAACUGCAGAAAUACAUCCGGGAACUGGAACAAGCCAAUGAUGACCUGGAGAGAGCCAAACGAGCCACAAUCAUGUCCUUGGAUGACUUUGAGCAUCGUUUGAAUCAAGCGAUCGAAAGAAAUGCCUUCCUGGAGAGUGAGCUGGAUGAAAAGGAGAAUCUUCUCGAAUCUGUGCAGAGAUUGAAGGAUGAAGCAAGAGAUCUGCGGCAGGAAUUGGCUGUGCAGCAGAAGCAAGACAAGCCCCAGACACCCAUGCCAGGCUCUGGGGAAACAGAAAGGACAGACAUGGCUGUGCAGGCCACAGGCUCUGUGCCAUCCACUCCUAUAUCUCACCAAGGACCCAGCUCUGGUUUGAACACACCAGGAAUAUUCAGACGAGGUCUGGACAGUUCUAAUAGUGGGACCCCACUCACACCUGCAGCCCGGAUAUCAGCCCUAAACAUCGUUGGGGACCUGCUUCGGAAAGUUGGGGCCCUGGAGUCCAAACUAGCAUCAUGCAGGAACUUCGUGUAUGAUCAGUCUCCAAGCCGAACAAGUGGUCCAGCUUCAGGGCGAGGAGCCAAAAACAGAGAUGGUGGUGACAGACGGCCAAGCAGCACCAGUAUGGGAGAUAAAGGGAGAGAAAAUUGAGACCCCGUGAGACUUGUUCCCGUUCUUGACAUUCACUCCUAGAACUCUGGGGCUCUGUGCUAGGCACCGGGACACUGCUGUCUCUGUUAAAUAUGGUUUGCUUUGUCUGAAGGUCAGGAAAACGCUUGGAGUUUGGGAGGCCAGCCUCACAGCUCUCGUCACCAGCGCUGCCGUCCACCCAGGAUGUGGUCAAGCUUUUGCUUUAGGACCAAUGGAAACUGCGCUCUCACCAGUCUUACCCCCUUAUAUUCAGCUUUUGGGUGUUGAAUUUUCAUGUUAAUUUGAGAAAUAAGAGCCAGCAUCACCAGCAUUUACUUUGUGUUGUGCAGCCUAAGCUGACUAAGGCUGUUGGCUAUGGACUCGGUGUCAUCCCUGUAAUGUGUCCCAGUCCCUGGCAGUGUGUGUGCUAUAGAAAUGAGCUGGUAUCCUCCCCACCUCACCCCCCAGCAUAAUAUUCUUCAGGGGGACUAGAGCCCAGUUUAGGAGCUCUCCUCUGCAGCCUGUUUCCAACUGGAGCUGUCUUCUGGAACAUUCUGCCAGUGCUUUUACAGCAUGAUUAAAUUGUGUCUAGGACUGGGAGAUUACAGAGGCAUAGGGCUGUUUUAAACUAUGGUUGUGUACUUUUGCCACCUUUCUCUGUGUUGUCCUGGCUGUCUUGGAACUUGCUAUGUAGAUCAGGCUGGGAUUAAAGAUGUAUGUCACCACUGCCCAGCCCUUUGAUACUUUUAAUCUGCCUCAGGAUUUUAGAGGUGUGUCUGACUCUUAGGUCAGUGGGAGAUUAUCCUCUGUAGAUAAACCCUGCCUCCUAUCUUUCCUGAGUCCCUUGGACUAAUGAUGGAGUAACUUCUGCAUCAUGACAACUUGGAGUUGGAUUGGCCUUUUUUAUGCCAUCCCUAAGAAUAAGACUUCAUCCAGACACCAUAGAGUAACCAGGGUGACUAAAACAUCAGAUUGAGAUCGCUGGCGGACUCUCCCUUGGGAUGUGGAGAAAUCAGCGCAGGAACUGCAAUGCCAGACUCUGUCUGGUCUGGGGUGAAGCACCACCUCAUGCUUGGUCCAUGGUGAGAAGCAAUUGCACACUAAUUUCCAGAGCUUAGCGGCCUUUACUUUGCUACUAACUUAUUUUCUAGUAGAUGGGGCAAAACUGGGCUUGAAUUGGACCUAGAACUUUGAGUGCUACUGACAUUUACAAAGUGGUUUUAAGCUCUGUGGCUAUUUGUUCCACUCAGACAUUCUAAUCUGGAAAAAGAUGGACUUUAUUUUUUAUAUUAAAAAAUAAUAAAAUUUUAAAA